GUGAGCCGCGAAAUGACGUACUCGGGAGUCGGCCAUGAUGGCGGCCUAUAGUGUAGCCAAAGGCGGCCGUGGCUUUUUCAGCGGCUUGCGUCUGUCCUACCGGAGUUGGGUCCAAGUCCAACAUGCGAGCCUACCUUGCGGCCGCAGCUACUGCGCCGGCCAGCUGUCCGUCAAGGAGAGGAUUGACAAGAAGCGGCAAGCUGCGCUUAUCGGCGGAGGUCAGCAGAGGAUCGACGCGCAACACAAGCGGGGCAAGCUGACGGCCAGGGAGCGCGUGGCCCUCCUGCUGGACCCCGAGUCCUUCGUGGAGUCGGACAUGUUUGUGGAGCACCGCUGCUCCGACUUCGGCAUGGAGCAGGACAAGAACAAGUUCCCAGGUGACAGCGUGGUGACGGGGCGGGGCCGGAUCAACGGCCGCCUGGUUUACGUCUUCAGUCAGGACUUCACGGUGUUCGGCGGCAGCUUGUCAGGAGCUCACGCACAGAAGAUCUGCAAGGUCAUGGACCAGGCCAUGAUGGUCGGGGCCCCCGUCAUCGGCCUCAACGACUCUGGGGGCGCUCGCAUCCAAGAGGGGGUGGAGUCUCUGGCGGGGUACGCCGACAUCUUCCUGAGGAACGUGAUGGCGUCCGGCGUGGUGCCUCAGAUCUCCCUCAUCAUGGGUCCGUGUGCGGGCGGCGCCGUGUACUCGCCCGCCCUCACCGACUUUACCUUCAUGGUUAAGGACACGUCCUACCUGUUCAUCACGGGCCCGGACGUGGUCAAGUCCGUCACCAACGAGGACGUGACGCAGGAGGAGCUGGGCGGAGCCAAGACGCACACCACCGUGUCGGGCGUGGCGCACCGGGCCUUCGAGAACGACGUGGAGGCCCUGCUGCAGCUGCGGGAGUUCUUCAACUUCCUGCCGCUCAGCAACCAGGACCCUGCGCCCGUCAGAGAGUGUCACGACUCCAGCGAGCGCAUGGUGCCAUCCCUGGACACCAUCGUGCCCUUGGAGUCCACUAAAGCCUACGACAUGCUGGACAUCAUCCACGCGAUUGUGGACGAGAGGGACUUCUUCGAGAUCAUGCCCAACUACGCCAAGAACAUGGUGGUGGGCUUCGCCCGCAUGAACGGACGCACCGUGGGCGUGGUGGGCAACCAGCCCAAAGUGGCGUCCGGUUGCCUGGACAUCAACUCCUCGGUGAAGGGAGCGCGCUUCGUCCGCUUCUGCGACGCCUUCAACGUGCCCAUCAUCACCUUCGUGGACGUGCCGGGCUUCCUGCCGGGGACGUCCCAGGAGUACGGCGGCAUCAUCAGACACGGCGCCAAGCUGCUGUACGCCUUCGCCGAGGCCACCGUGCCUAAAAUCACCGUCAUCACCAGGAAGGCUUACGGAGGCGCUUACGACGUGAUGAGCUCCAAACACCUGAGAGGAGACAUCAACUACGCCUGGCCCACGGCCGAGGUCGCCGUCAUGGGCGCCAAAGGAGCAGUCCAGAUCAUCUUCAGAGGGAAGGACAAUCAGGCGGAGGCGGAGACAGAAUAUGUGGACAAAUUUGCUAACCCUUUCCCCGCCGCCGUCAGAGGUUUUGUGGACGACAUCAUCGAGCCGGCGACGACUCGCAAGAAGAUCUGCCGAGACCUGGAAGUGUUGGCCAGCAAGAAGCAGGUCAACCCUUGGAAGAAACACGCCAACAUUCCCCUGUGAUGCCUUCUCUGUCUUCAUGGUAGCAACCAUAUCCAGCUGUGUCUUCAUGGUAGCAACACCGUGGCGAUCCUAUGCAAUGGAACCUUUUCAUGAAGAAUUGACCCGGGCGUGGUGUCCAGGCUCCUCCUGUAAUGUAACGUCACUCCUCACAUUUUCUACGUCAAAAGUUGUCACAAGUAGAAACAUUGGCUUUUUAAUUGCAGGCCAAUAAAACUGUUACAACAAACAAGCAGUGCCGUUUUUUAACUUGGGGGGCCGCGAUGAGAAAAAUAAAUUGGCCAGAGGGCCGAUUAAGUGUGAAGUAACUAUAUAUUGUACAGUACAGGCCAAAAGUUGGACACGCCUUCUCAUUCAAAGAAAUGUGUUUUCUUUAUUUUCAUGACUAUUUACGUUGUAGAUUGUCACAUCAAAAUGAUGUUAUAGGAUUGGCAAUAAAAGUUAAAAAUAU